UAAUGAAUAUGCGAAAAUGUUUAAUUUUUAGUAAGCAAAUUCAAUUAAACAAAUAUGAAAUAUUAUAUUUAGCUAAUAUCCAGAUUAAGAGUAAUGAAGUACUGGUGGAAAGUUACGUUCCCACCACUACUUUUAUUUUCUUUGUAGUUUUUGAAACAUCACGCAUGCACCAUUGUUAUAAAAAAUGUUCAAAAUUAAGUUCCCACAGUACGAUGAAUGAUAGUGAAUUAAAUGAUCAUCUUUACGUCACAGUGAACAAUUUUUCGUGUGUCAUCUUUGCAUCACUGAACUCAUCUUUUCUGUACACGUACUAUACACACGACUGGUAUCGAUGGUGUGUUGAUUUGCUAGUAUAAUUUGUAUGUUAGGUUAUGUUGAACAACUAGGUUAUGUUAUGUAUAGUUCAAUAAAAACGUGUACAGAAAGCCCAUGAGAUUAACAAACAUGAGCGAAUCGGAGGAAGAUGUAAUUAUCGUAGGAAAGUAUGUAAUAGUAAAGAAAUUAAAUUUUAAGAAGAUUUACAAAGUGACAGCCAAUGGACAGUUAAUGUUGGGAAGAGACCUGAUAAAUAUGGGUGAAAUUAUUGGCAAAAGAUUUUGGACCACUUUUGAGAUGAUUCCAUCAAAAAUUGGAAAAAGAACGUUUUCCUUAAAAGAAGGCCCAGAAACUGAAUCAUGGGACGAUUUAUUGAGUACCUUACCCAGUGGUCAUGAUAAUCGUUUAAUCAACGAUGAUGGCACUUCUCAGAAAUUAUCUAAGGAUGAGAUCACUCAGCUUCAAGAAGCUGGUAAAAGUGGUAAGGAAAUAGUAGGUAGUUUAAUUGAAAAUAACAAAUCUUUCUCAGAUAAGACAGAAUAUUCACAGGAGAAAUAUCUAAAAAAGAAAGAACAAAAGUAUCUUAGAUAUUUGACUAUAUGCAAACCUAGCAUAAGUGCUUUGCAUGAUGUGUACUUCAAACUAGAUCAUAUUAAGAUUGGGAGCUUACGGAUGGACACAUUGGCACAAAUAUUGUCACAUAGCGACGUGCAGUCAGAUGGAUUAUUUAUAUUAUAUGACAGUGGCUGUCAUGGCUUACCAGCAGCUGCAUUGUUAGAUAGAAUUGGUGCUAAUACAAAAGGACAUUUAAUUAACUUGCACCCUGGAAAUAUACCCAAAGCUUUAUUAAUACAUGCCAUGAACUUUCCUAAAGAACAAUUAGACAGAUUAAUGAAUGUCAAUAUUUAUAGCUUUUUAAGACUAUAUUACCAAGGUGAAGAAGCUGUUUUAAGUAACAUUCUGGCAUCGAAAAAGGCAUGGAAUAACUCAAUCAAUAAGACUAAAGAAACUGAACUUAAACUUUCUGAAAAAGAUAAUGUAGUUAAUUGUACACCAAUAGAAAAUCAUACAAGCAAUGAUAUCCAACAGGAUGGAGAAAUUGAUGACAAAGAAAGUAGUACUAGUAACACAAAUGAAACUAGUGAAAGCUCUGAAGUCCUUAAAGAACAAAAUUCAGAUAGCUGUUCUAUAGGAACAAAACGAAAAUUAGAUAAAUUCGAUACAUGUAAAUCUAUUGACAUUGUUCCUACAAAGAAACCAAGAUGGUUCAAGGAAACCCAACAAGCUGUAGAUCUCGUGAAGAAUUCGAAAGCACGAGGAUUAGCUAUUGUAGCUAGAGAGCAUCCUUUAAAUAUUGUAACUGCUCUUUUGCCUUUUCUGGGAGCAUCCAGACCUUUUGUCAUUUAUCACAUAUAUCGGGAACCUCUGCAAGAGACGUACAUGAUGUUAAAACAACAACAAAAUGUUAUUAAUCUAAGACUAGUCUCAAAUUUUCUACGUUCCUAUCAAGUAUUGCCAGACAGAACACACCCUGAUAUCCUAACUAGUGAUUCAGGUGGUUUUUUAUUAACAGGAUAUUUCGUUGAAUAGCAGUUUGUAUUGCAAUUUAUAAUAUGAAAUAGGACACUAGAUUUUGUAAUGAAUUCUGUAUGAUAAAAAUGUAAAGCAAUGUCUUU